CCGAUAAGAGGCAGCCACUCCUGCUGUGUGGAAUGCGAUCUGGUCGAAGGACAUGACAAAAUGUCCAAAGGAGUUCGCGUCGGCCAUAGAAACAUUGCAGAGCCACUUGCCAGGUCAUCCGAGCUUGCAGUGGCCACCUCUUCGAUUCCCCGAGGACGCAGUGUCGCCGCUGGUUCCUCCCACCGCCCCUUCUGGAGCCGUCGCAUCGCCCAAUUCUGGGGCUCCGACCAUUCGAGUCAAGGUACUGCGUCCUGCAACAACAGUUGCAACACGACCGGCAACACCGCCGUCUGUGCCGCUGGCUGGGACACGAGGUGCUCGCGAUGUGGGAGUUGGUCGUUCCACGCCAGCCAACGAGCCCCCGCCUCUGAGGGAUGGUGUGGGCUCUGCGGCAUUUGACGAGGAGAGCACACGUGCAUUUAUUGAGAGUCGCAGGUGGGGGGGGAGUGCCGGCAUUUCAGCGCCCGCGCUCGCCCCUGUUUUCAGGAGUGCUAUGCAGUCAGAUGCCGCACGGGGUGGUACUGCGGUGGCACCUGGCACAUCACCCCGCAGUUCGUCGGAGCACCCUUGGCUGCCACCACCACCGUUGAGAGCGGCGCAGCGUCCAAUGGUCCACCACGCUAACGGAACCGCCCACCCGGAUCCGUCACACGCACCUGCAGAUGCUCGACAUUCUGCUUCCGUGCCUCGUUUCGGGGAACAGGUGGAUCAUGGGGUGCCUGCCGAGGAGGUCCCCGCUCCGGUGUCCGAUUCAUCGCCGACCCCUGUUCCGACAACCACGGGCGGUGGUCGGUCUGCCUCACAGCCUCCACCCGUAUUGACCGGAACGUUAGACCCUUUGCAGCGCAUUCGUGACCAUGCAGUCGCCCAGAGCGCGACACCUGUGAGCCCUGGCGGGUUGUUGGAUGCUAGGGUCCUCGGCGGGAGAGCUACGACGGAACGAUGUCGGGGCACUUACAGGCAGCAAGCCGUCACGUCAUAUUAUUCGGACCCUUUGGAGCGCGCAUGGCAUCUGCAAAUCAUGCGGUUCAUCGUCGAGAGCGGGAUGCCGUUCAACAGCACGAAGCUUGAAAGCUUCAAACGCAUGUUCACGAUGAUAAUCCCGCCGGGGGUUCCAGGGGCGCCCGCGCCUAGACUUCCCUCGUACCACAUGCUGCGCACGACCCUUUUGGACAAGCUGGAUGGUGAGGUCCAGAAGUGUGUUCGGCCGGUGCUUGACACGUCGAGAGAGACCGGUUGCACAAUCAUGACCGAUGGUUGGACCAACAUCCGUGGUCAGACGUUGUGCAACUACCUUGUUGGUACAGAGAUCGGGGUGGUGUAUGUGUCCACCGACGUCAUGCGUGGCAAAAAGGACGCCAGUGCCCUCGCGAACGCAUGGUUGAAAAGGGUGAAGUCCAUKGACGUUCAAUUGAGCAACAUCACGGCGUUCGUGACGGACUCCGCUGGGGUGAAUGUCGCGGCGAUGGAGGUAUUCCAAAAAGAUGAGAGCGUGAAACAUAUCUUCUGGAUUCCUUGCGUCGCCCACAUCAUGGAUCUCAUUCUCGAGGACAUCGGCGGGAUUGAUUGGGUGGCUUCCCGCAUUUCUCAAGCGAGGCUGGUUACAAGGUUCUUCAAGCGCCAUGGACAUGCGAGAGAGGUUCUUGAGUCGCACUCGACGAAGACUCUUCUGCUACCGGCGGAGACUUGUUUCGGCACGAACAUCAUCAUGAUGGAGAGGCUGGUGGCACUGCGGUCCGCGUUGACAGAUGUUGUGGCUGACGAUCGCUGGCGCGAGACCGUUUGGUCGACCAGCAAGAUCCGCAAGGAUGCAGCGGAGGUCACUGCAUGUAUCGGCUCCCCUCCAUGGUGGGAGGAUUUGAGAGCUCUGUGCAAGAUGCUAGAUCCCAUCAUGGGCAUGCUGAAGUUGGUGGACAGCGACACACGCCAGAUCAGCAAGAUUCUGCGACGUUACGAGGAAAUGAUUGCAUCUUGUUUAUCCACAUGUCGUGACAUUGAUCGGGAGCAGCAGGACGCUAUUGUGGAGGUGUUCCACAGGCGGCGCACCAUGUUCAAGACCCCCGCCCACACGACAAUCAUGCUGCUAGAUCCAGAGUUUCGGGACGUGACGCUUUGUGACGAUGCGGAGGUGCAACAGGCCUUGGUCGAGGCCCUUGUCCAGUUCGGCUACCCGGAGGAUUCGCCGCAGCACCGGGAGGUCCAACGAGCGGUCGCCAAGCUCCACACGAGGGAGCCCCCUUUCGAUGAGCUCACCAUGCGGCGAGCUGCGGAUAUCUUUGAUCACCCUGCCAGUUUUUGGUCCUCAAAGAAGGCGAAGUUCCCUCACACGCCGUGUUUGCAGGCAGGAUCCUUCGUAUAUGGGCGACCGCCUCACCGUGCGAGAGAGCGUGGUCUCGUUGGAGCUUCAUUCAUUCGAAGUCUCGCAACAGGUUGGAGGUUCCCCGGGCUGAGAAGCUUGUGCGGUGCCACUGGAACCUCAAGCUACUCGAUCGACCUUCGUUGUGCGACGAUGGUGUUGGACAGAGGCCCGACGUCUUCGGGAAAUGGGUGCAUUAUUGGCAGGCCGUGGAGGACGAGGCAGCCGUGGACCAGCAGCUCGUYAGAGGCACCGGUGUUCUAGCGAAGGUGACCGAGGAGGAGUUGAGCCUCGCCAGAGAGAGGAUGCGCGCCAUUUCCCGCAUGGGAGCCGAGCGUC